GAUCAGAGAGAAACGAAGAGAAUUUAAUUUUCUGUUUGGAUGAGAAGAAAAUAGGAUUUCCCAGAAAAUAAACAAUGGGUAGCGUUUGAAAUCCUACUACGAGGAUCUUUGCUUUUGUUUCUCAGGGGAAAAUGGGAUAGAAAAAUCAGAGAACGUUUUUCUGUGGGUGGGUAGGGAAUUCUGGUGGUUCAUCUGAUCUUACAUUUCUCUCAAAUUUAGCUCCAAUUUCGCGUUUUGAGUGAAGAAUCAUUGUCCAGAGGGUCUAGUAUUUGGGGUCUGCAAAACUUAAUUGAUUUGGAAGGCUCACAUGCUCGUUGGAGUUUAUUCAAGAUUUCUGGGCCUCUAUUUUUGAUGCGUUUCUUGAUGUGAUCUUUGAGAUAUGGUUUUGCAGAAGAGAUUAGACUAUGGAUUCAAUGGCUAUCAGGUUCCUGCGACUCCUCGAGCAACCAGAUCAGCCAGGAAAAGGGGUUCAUUUAAGAAGAGAGUAGAAGCCAAUCAAAUGUGUCCAUUUGACUUACUGGCAACCGUAGCUGGAAAAUUAUUUCUCGAGAAGGAAAAUGUACCCAGUUCAAGUAAUAUGCCAAGGGAGGAAGAUAAGUCUACUGUUCUAAGAGAUACUGUAAAAGAGGAAAGGCAGGAAGAAGAUCAACCAUUGAGGGUAGAAACCUGCAAUCAAGGAAGCUGUGACAAGAAAUUCUUUGUUUCUGAGCUUGUUUCACAAGCUCAAGAUCAAGACUAUAGUUCCAGGGAUUCGCCUGGUCAUCAAGUUGUUGCCUCUGUAAUAACAACUUCUGAUAGCUCAGAAGGGUAUGGUCCUGGGAAGUUGGUGAAUGGAAAAACUGAGAAUGAGAUGGAGAGUUUACCUUGCCAAGUGGAGACUGGCCCUGCUGCAGACAGUGGAUGUGGUGAUGGUAAUUUAUCAGAUGGUGAAGAUAAAAGAUUGGAAAAUUAUGAGCUGGAUAAGACUGGCAAGGUUUCAACUGAAGGGACUGGCCUGUCCCAUGUAGAGGAUCCCAUGGUCUGGAAAAAGAGACCUCCUACAUUAGUUAGUUCAAAUAGCAGCGCCAAGGCGCCUUCCUGUCGGGACCAAAAUCCCCAUAGUUCUUUUCCUGCUAGUCAGGAUGAUGUAAAUGUAGUUAAUAGAGAUGAUGACGAAAACUCUUCAGGGUGUACUCACCCUAGCACCAUAAAAAAAUCAUUUAGGUCAACACCACAUAUUGGUGACCGAAGAAUAAGGAAAAUAUUGGCUUCUAAAUAUUGGAAGGUAGCUCCAAAAUUGAAGGAUUUUAAACUUUCUAGCUCGGAUGAGGACUUGAAGCCUUCCUACUGCAAUAGGAAUAACUGUUACAAACGCCUCAGAUCUGAAAGGAACUAUCCCUUCAAGAAAAGGAAGUUUUUUCAAUAUGCCUCACUUCCAAAUUCUGAUGGAGGAAUUAGUAGUGAGGGCAUUGCUCAUUCACCUGAGAAGGGCAUCAAUGGAGAUGCUACUGGUUCAUGUCCAAAGAUGCACGGAGCUACUGGGGAAUCUUCUUCAGUAGCUGAUCAACCCAGAUUGUUCCACCCUAGGGAUUCUCGUGUAAAACUUAGGAUCAAGUCUUUCAGGGUUCCAGAGCUGUUUAUUGAAGUUCCAGAAACUGGCACUGUUGGUUUGUUGAAGAGGACUGUUAUGGAUGCAGUGACUGCAAUACUUGGAGGUGGAUUGCGAAUUGGUGUACUCAUUCAAGGGAAGAAGGUUAGAGAUGACAACAAAACUUUACUGCAGACAGGAAUUUCUCAUGACAAUCAGUCAGAUGUUUUGGGUUUUAGCCUGGAGCCUAACCCUUCACAAACUACCCCUUCUUUAUGUCCUGGAGAUUCUCCCUCGAUGAUUCCCUGUCACACUCCUCAACCUCUAACGAGGUAUCCAGCCACUUCAGAUAUUUUUAAUCAAGCCACUUCUGAUGCUGCAAAUGAACCUCAUGCGCCUAAUAUAGGCAGCUUCGUUGAAAGCGAUCAUGAUUCUGCACCCUCUCCUACUGACAUGUCAAUUGACAAAAGCACAACCGAUUCAAAAGCCCUGGUUGCUGCACCGGCUGUGCCUGUGAGUGUGGAAGCACUGGCUGUAGUUCCAGCUCAUAGGAAGUCUAAGCAAUCAGAGGUUGUGCAACGCCGAAUUCGUCGACCUUUCUCUGUUGCUGAAGUUGAAGCAUUGGUUCAAGCAGUUGAGAAACUCGGAACCGGAAGGUGGCGUGAUGUCAAGUUGCGGGCCUUUGAUAAUGCAAAACAUCGCACAUAUGUGGAUUUGAAGGAUAAGUGGAAAACACUGGUGCACACGGCAAGAAUAUCCCCUCAGCAAAGAAGGGGAGAGCCGGUUCCUCAGGAACUCUUAGACAGGGUCCUAACUGCACAUGGUUACUGGUCCCAGCAGCAAGCCAAGCAGCAGCUCAGGCAACAACCUGAGACCUGUCUUCUUUAGAAGUCACGACAACCCGAUGACAAGCCACCAGCUAGCAACACAUGCAAUGCUGAAGCAAGCACAUUGUCUUCAGAGAAGUGUUGUCAGAUUAGUUUCCUGUUUUCUCUGUAUUUUGUUUAUGAUCAUGUAAAAAGUUAAUGAUGGGGAAGAAAUAGGUUUAAGGAUGAAGAAAUCUAUGUAAUAUUUUAUCAUCUCUCGCUGUGAUUCUUUUCCUGCGUUGGAGAGGCCUAGCUCCUGUAAAUGGUUGUUGAUGAAAUAAGAGCUUCCUAACAGAAUUUAUU